AUCCAUGUGCCGUUGCAGAAGGACAGAAGGGGAAUCCUUUGGGAUCGGCUGUCGGAAUCCUAGAGUCCCUACGUGUUCCUACCUUCAAGAAGAACGCUUUUAAGUAAUGUGUCUGCUAUUGAGUGGGAAUUGUAUACAAGUUGCUAGAACCGAAAGCCAAGUAGAUUGGAAAUGUUGUCAUAUACGAUUGAAAUGUCUAUGAAUUAUUCAUAAGUGUACGAAAAAUAGAUGAAUGAUAAGUGCAUUAUUAUUUAAUGAAUAACAAGUGGCAAAUUGAUUAUUAGAUAUAAAUGGCACUUAAUUUUGCUCGAUCACAAACCCAAGUCAAGAGUUACAUUAUGAGGACGACAUUGCAACAUAAGGAUCAGCAUUAUUGAGGAAGGUCGCGAAGCCUCGAUGCAAAAACCAGCUAAGGACGCAAUCGGUGCCCUCAGAGCAACAGUGGAGUUGCCAUGUAUGACAAAUUCUACACCAUAUGCCAUGAAUCUAGGAACUACAGUGAUAUUUAAAUCUCCCAGAUUUCCGCGUAGGUAUCCCAGGAAGACAGACUGCGGAUGGAACUUAACGGGAACAAAUAUAGUGGUGGAUUGUGACCAGUUUCGGACGCAGCGUCGCAAAUACCGAGUUUGUUUCGACUACCUUUCUCUUAAUGGGAUUAAGUUUUGUGGAGGGUUCGAACGCAGGCCGAUAGGUUUUACGAGCAACGGCACCUCUCUCUCGAUCAACUUCCAUUCUGACAGGCUGUGGAACAAGAGAGGCUUCUCCUGUCAAGCGACGGUUAUGCCGGCCACUCCUGACGAGGAAGUCCCCACGACAUGCACCUGCGGGAUACCCAACAGACAAUCCAGGAUCGUAGGCGGGCAUCCUACGGGCCAGAACGAGUACCCCUGGCAAGUCGCCAUAGCCUGGCCUGGCAAUAACGACUUCCAGGACUUCUAUUGUGGAGGAUCCGUCAUCAAUAAGAGAUUCGUCUUGACAGCUGCACAUUGUGGCGUUAUCUUCGAGGACCAAGUGAUUGUUGGAGCACACUCUUGGCUUUCCCCACUCACCUCUGGACGAAGAGUCAAUAUUGAGACCGUCAUUAAGCAUGAACAAUAUAAUCCUGAAACGAAGGAAAAUGACAUCGCACUAGUCAAGCUGGCAGAGGACCUGAAUUUCACAGACACAAGAGUGGCUGCAGUUUGCCUGCCAACUGUUGGAACACAGGAGACCUAUGCAGGGAUGAAGGCCAUAGCUACCGGUUGGGGAUCACUAGACUAUGGAACACCUGUUUUCCCUUCUGAACUUCAAGAAGUCGAGGUCGAUGUUGUCAAUAAUUCUGUGUGCUUGGGAAGCAACGGGAUGUUUUCAGUGAUUACGGACAACAUGCUGUGUGCUGGGUCAGAUGCAGGUGGCAACGGAACCUGUCAGGGUGAUUCAGGAGGACCUCUAGUUGUCGAAACGGGCGGGAUAUUCACCCAAAUUGGUGCCACGUCCCUGGGAAUAGGCUGUGGAUCUGAAAACUUCUAUGGCGUCUAUACGCGUCUGACCAGCUACGUGGACUGGAUAUCGUCUAAAGUUGGAACUUACGGAAUAUGCCACCAGUGAGAGUCUCCUCAUAUUAAAACAAGCAAUUCUCCAUAAGACCAAGGAAUGCAACGCCUCGCAGAUGUGACGCAAUGAAUCAUGUGUAACUCUUUCUAAUAUUUAUGUCAAGUGAAGAGUUUUAUAUUUAUUAUUCACCUAACUGUCAUGUUAAGCAAACAACUAUAGACUCAUGUGCAAGUGAAACCCGUGUUUUGUUUAACCAGUAUAGACAUUUACAAUUGAAAUGAGUCUUGUUAAACCACCAGAGACUCAUGUGCAAUAGAAAACGUGUUUUAUUAAACCACCAUGGACUCAUAUGCAAUUGAACCCUUCCGCUGGUUUUAUGAAAUAGCUUAACACGUAGCAGCCAUAUUGUUUGAUUAGCCUAAUGUAUACUACAAUUAAAUGGACUGAAUUAAGCGUUGGUUCUUCAACCUUCAGGUUAAUUUAAAGUUUACGAAUGAAUUCAGCCAAAUUAUAAGUUUCUUUA